AUUGUAAUAUAAAUGUUAACAUUGCUGCCAUCUAACACUAUAACUGCAUAACAUUUUCAAAUUUAUAAAUGAAAAUUUGAAGCCUAUACAAGCUUAAAAUAUUAUUACGGUAAAAAGAAAAAAAUAUUGUGUUUAAGAAUCACUUAAUAUAAUAAAUAAUAUUAUUGAUAUAACAAAUAUUUAGUCUACAAGAAAUAAAAAGAACUUAAAAUAAUUCAUAAUUAUAUUAAAAUUUUAUAGUAGUAAAACGCAUUAAGUAUUAAGAUACGAUAUUGACAAGUAAGGUAUUGAUAAACAUUUUAUAUUGUUAACAACUCCUACAAAAUUGUCCUGCCAAAAUAAUAGAAGAAUAUAAUAAUACAUUUUUCACAACAGGAAACUAAUAUUUUAUAUAAUUAAAGGUAAAAUGAAAAGAAUUUAAUAAAAAAGAAUAUAAAAAAUAACAUAAAAACUAGCAAAACUGUUAAAAUAUUAACUUUUUAUCAUAAGAAUGAAGUUUAAUUAUUUUUACUAAAUUUAACUUUUUAAUUUAACUUUUAAAAAGUUUGAGAAUUUUCUAAAUAUAAAAUAUUAAAGAACAAAUAUAAUAAAAAAAAAACUAUAAUUGCAAAGUCAUAUUAGAAAAUUAUAUAAGUGAAGAUUAAAAUAUAUUAAUAAAAAUAAAGAAAGAAGAUACAAGAAGAUUUAAGUAUUUUUACGUAUUUCUUUAGAAUGAAAAAAAAUUUAAAAAUAUUAUAAAUAAAGCUUUAAAGAAAUAUGACAAAUAUUUCUAGUUUCUUAUUAAAAAGUAAUUAAGUGAAAUUAAAUAUUAAAAAACCAAAAUAUCAAAUAUUAAAUAAUAAAAAUGAUAAAAAUAUUAAAAAUUAAUCAUGAAGCAAUAAAUCAUAAUUAAAUCAUAAUUUGUAAACAUCAAUCUAUUUUUGUAGAAAAUCGCAAACGUGCUGUAAUUUUUGUAAUAAUAUUAUUUCUUAUGAUAAAAAUUCAACAUAAAGCUAAUUAUGAAUCAAAUAGAAAAUAGACUAUCUUAUCUAAAUGUAAUAUAAAAUCAUCACAAAAAAAAUUUUUGAAAAUAAAAGCAUAUAAAAGUAUGAAGCAAUCACAAGCAAAUAAAAUUCAUAACUUAGUUGAUUCCAAAUCAGAAAUUGAUUGCAAUAUACAAAUACAAAAGGAAAAUAAUUGUAAAGUUAGUAAAUCUAUUACAACUAGAUCAAGCAAAGAUGUUUAUACAGAAUGUAAAAAUCAAAAAACAGUAAAAUCAAUAUGUUAUUUAGACAUGAAAAAAAAGAAACCAAAAAAAAUGUACUAUAAAAUAAAUAAAUAUAAACAUCAUAUUAAUAAAUUAGGGAAAAAUAAAUAUUGUAAAAAAAUAUUAAAUAAGGAAAAUACAAAUAAGUUUUCUAAAAUUACAAUGCUUCAUUCAAAGAAAAAUGAUAUCAAAAUAAAUAAAAAUAUAACAAAGCAUAAAAAUUUUUUAAAUACUAAAAAGUUAACAAUAGCUUUAACAAAAAUAGAUGAUCUUCCUUUAUCUGAAUUAUCUAAAAUAAUUCCAGAUUAUGUUGUAAAUAAAUUAAAAAAACAAGAUAGUAAAGGAAUAUAUUAUGAAACAAAAGAUAUCAUAAAAACACAAUGUUGUUCAUACAAACAAUAUAGAACUACUGAAUUGAAACAAAACGAAGAAAUAAAUGUAUUAUAUCAUAAAUCAGUGUUUGAAAAAAAAUGUACAAAAUUCAAAGAAAAUAUAAUGGAAGGAAUUGAUACAAAUAUAACAAAUAUAAAAUUUGAAAGAAAUACGUAUAAAAUGUCUUUACAAAAUGAAAUUAAUAAUGUAGAAAUAUUACAAGAUAAUGAACAUAAAUUAGAAAACAUAAAUUUAUUAGAAAAUAUUUUAAAAUUUUUUUUAAAAACUAAAGAUAAUAUGAUGAAUAGAAGAACACGACAUAAAUUAAAAAUUCAAAAAUUGCAUGAACAUGGGAUAAUAAAAAGUUUAGCAAUAUGUAAUAAAUGUAAAGAAAUUAUUAAUCUUUUACAACAAUUUUCAAAUAAAAUAAAUUUUAUAAAUGAUGAAAAAUUAUGUAUUGAAUGUACAUUAUGUAAUUUACAGAUUAAUUCUUUAUCUCAUUUUCAAGAACAUUUAAUGAAUAUACACUUAAAAUGUGAAAAAGAUAUAUUACCCAAAAAAGAUAAAUUUGCAGUUGUUAUUAUUAAUUUCAAUAAACAAUUAAAUUUAAAUAAUAAUAAUCAAUUUAUUUUUGAAUGCUGUUGUUGUUCAAAAAUAUUUGAUCAUAUGAGUAGUUUUGAAGAACAUGUUAAAAAAUAUCAUGAUUUUAAUUACUGUAUAAAAAAAAAUAAAACGACAAAACAAAUAGUUAAAAAUCCUGAAUCAUGUACUACAUUUCAAAAUGAACCAAAAUUUAAAAAAAAUCAUAUUUUUGACAUUACUACUAAAGCAGUUGAAAUUUCUAAUCUAGAAAAAAAAAUUGACACACAACAUAAUAAUCAUAUAAAUGAAUUUUGUAUUAAUACAAAAGAAAUAAAUUUUAAGAACAAUAUAUAUUAUAAUUCAAAUAAUAAAAAUUUAUUAUCAAAAGUAAAAAUAAAAGAGAAACAGAUAAAUGAUACUCAAAUAAUGCAGAAAAUUCCAAAAAUAAAAAAUAUACAAAAAUUAAAUAUUGAUGAGAAAUAUUCAAAUAAUAUUACAAUCAUCUCAGAGUCAAAUUCAAAGUCUCUUCAAAAUCAAAACUCUAAUUCUUUUAAUGAUUGUUUUAAUCAAAAAUAUAAAGGUAGGAAAUAUAAAAAAACUCACAUAUCUACACAUGUAAAUAAUUCUCAUGCUGAUAUGUAUAAAAGACAAAAAAUACAAGAAAGUAAAAAAGCAAUAAAAUAUGAAAAUGAUCUAAUUUUACAAAAUGUAAAUUCUAAAAAUUCUAAAGAUCAUACUACAAUUUUUAAAAAUAAUAAUAUAAUAAAUUCUAUUAUAAAUUUAGAAAAACCAAAUCAAAACAUUUCAAUAUCAGAAAUAAUUGAUAAAAAAAUUAAUGUUAAAAAUGAUAAUAUGGAAUAUGUUAUUAAAAAAGAUAAUAUUAUGAAUGAAAAUGAUGAUUGCAAUUAUACAUUGAAUAUAAAUCUUAUACAAAAAACAAAAGAAGGUAUAAAAAAACAAAAAUUAAUUAAAUUCAAUAUGAAUAUUACAAAAAAAUAUACAACAAAUAUUACUAAUAAAGAAAAAUUUAUAGAAAAUAUAAUGGAAAAUAAAUUUCCAAUAAAUUUUAAUAGAAAUUCUAAUUUUGCUAUAAAUAUAACUAAAAAUAAUAAUAAUUAUAAUUUAACAGAACUAUAUUGCAAUAUAUGUGAUAAAAAAUUUAGUUCUUUAACAAUAUUAAGAGAACAUAUGUUUUUACAUGAUUCUUUAUUCGAAAGUUCACAAUUUUCAAAUUCACUAAUGAUACCAUAUUUUAAUAAUCCUCAUAAAAUAAAAAAUCUAUCUAAAAAAAAUACUUAUAUAUCUAGAAAGAAAAAUAAUGUGUUAUUGAAAAUAAAAAUAUUAAAAAAAAUUCUACAAAAGCGAAAUAAAGUACAUGAGCAAACAAUUUAUCAAGUUCCUAAUAAGAAUAUAAAUAAAAAAAAUAGAAAAUGGCGUUGUAGUCCAUGUAAAGAAAAUUUUGCAUUACUUCGAAAUUAUUUACGACAUAAAUAUUAUUGUCAUAAUGAUGAAUCUGUAAUUCAUAUUUGUGAUAAUUGUAAUAAAAUUCUUACUUCAGUUGCAAUGGUAAACAUUCAUAUAUGCACUAAUGUUACUUCUUGGAAUUGUAAAAGAUGUAAUCUUAAUUUUUCUAAUGCCAUAUCUUUAACUCAACAUAAUAUGAAUACCCAUUUAGAAACUAUAGGUCCACAUAAAUGCAAGAUAUGUAAAUCAAGUUUUCUUACAUUACAUAUGCUAAUAAGACAUGAAACCAUACAUUCAAUGAAUAAUGAUUCCAGCAAUAAUUUAGGCAAUUUUAUAGAUUUCUCUGCAUCUGCAAAAGAGUCUUUAUCUCAUACAGUACAUAAUGUAAAUGUUAAUACUGAAUUUAGUGAAAAAAAAUCACAAUUAUCAGAUAAUAAAGAUAUCUUUGCUAUACAUAAUGAUACAUUUUUAAAACAAUUAGAUAAAUUGAAUGGAAAACUUUCAAAAUUGAAUAUUACAUCUAAUAUACUAUAUAAUAAUGAAAAAAUACUUGAUUGUAAAAAUUGUAACGUAUCAUGUGUUACAACAUUACAAAUGAAACUCCAUUUAAAAAAAUGGCAUAAAUGGAACAAAUGUGAAAUAUGUAAUAACUUAUACCUUACAUAUGAAUUAACAAAACAUUUAAUAUUUCAUCAUAUUGUUUUUGAUUUAUGUUAUAAAAAAAACAAUAUUAAUAUUCAAUCAACUCAUGAAAAUAUAAAUUUUCAAAAUGAUAUAAUAGAAAUUCUUGGAAUGAAACGUUUGUUAUCUCUUUACGAAUAUGAAAGAUUUAGUAAUAUAAAAAGUAAAUAUUUCAAUUGUAUAAUAUGUUCAAAACAAUUUUCAAAUAUUGAAUAUUAUAAAAUUCAUUAUUUAAAAUAUCAUGAUACAAUAUGUUUAUUAUGUAAUAUAGAAUUUAAGUAUAAUUUUGAAGCAUUUGAACAUAAAAUUAAAAUUCACAAAAAUGUUGAUUUAUAUCUCUGGGUAGUACAAAUAUUAUUAUUAGCUAUUUUACAAUUAAAUAAAUAUGGAAAAACCAUUGAAGAAGUGAUAUUAAAAUGUAGUGAAAGUAGAAUAUAUUAAAAAAUUAUAAUAAUGAUAGAAGUUUAAAUUUUACAUAUAUUCACUAUUUAUUAAAAAAAUAAAUUGAAUAUUAUAAAUUUAGAUAGUAUAUUAAAUCUGUAUUUAGUUAUAGCUUGUAAUGUGAAUUUUAUACAUUAUAUAAUUUUUCAUAGAUAAUAAAUAUUAAUGAAUAUUUUACUAUAAUUAUUCAUUUAAUUUUUUAUGUGAUAAUUUUCUAAAAAUUUUUAAUAUUGUAUUAAUUUUUUCUAGUUUUAAUAUAAUUGUAUUUAAUAUAAUUGUAUUUAAUAUAAUUAUUAUAUUAAAAAAUUGAUUAAUUAAAAAAUAAUAAAAAUAAUUAAAAUAUCAAAAAAUCUAAUAAUUAUAAAAUUAAUUAAAUAAUAAAUAAUAUUUUUUUUAUAUUUUUUUU